AUGCGUCUGUCUGGUGGAAAGAAGGCGGCUAUCGACCUUCUCGAGUUCGGUGGCAAUGACGACGAUGUCGUCUCUCUCCUGCCCGAGGAGCCUGAAGAUAUGUGGCACGCCAACAACCUCAUCUCCCCCGAGGACAUCCUCAAAGCACACGCCAUCCGGAAAGUCACCCGCACAACCAACACUGGCAGCACCAGCUCGGAGCGUGUCCACACCGACCUCACUAUCCGAGUAACCUCGACCUUCUUUGACCCGGCAGCCUCACAACUGCACGUCUCCGGCACUGUGGUGAGGGAAAAUGCCAAUGUCAACAUCGGCCAGUACCACACCCUCGACCUCGAGCUCAACCGGCCCUUCACACUGUUGAAACCGAACGGCUGGGAUUCGGUUGCGACCGAGACGCUGCGCGAGUCACUGCGACAGGGCCGGGGCGACGACCUGGCCGCCGUGGUGAUGCAGGAGGGGUUGGCCAACAUCUGCGUCAUCACCGAGUUCAGGACGAUCCUGAAGCAGCGGGUCGAGCACAGGAUAUCCGCGAAGCAAGCCCAGGGCGGGGACAGCAGCUCGCGGGCCUUCUUCGAGAAGACGCUCUCUACCCUGCUCCGGGCCGUCGACUUCGACAAGCCGCGGCCGCUCCUGCUGGCGAGCCCCGGGUGGGCGGCGGCCGAUUUUAAGAAAUACAUACAGGACGAGGGCAACCGCAAGGCGGACAAGAAGCUGCAGGCGCUGGCGCGCGAGGCCGUCGUGGUGCGGUCUAGCACGGGCCACGUGCACAGCCUCAACGAGGUCCUCAAGAGCCCCGAGGUGCAGACGACGAUGAAGGACAAGAAGUACAGCAACGAGACACGGCUGAUGGACGACUUCUUCCAGCGGCUCCGCCAGGACGACGACCGGGCCUGCUACGGCCCGGCGCCGGUGGCGAGGGCGGUCAACGAGGGCGCGGUCGGGGCCGGUGGCGGGACGCUGCUGGUCAACAACUCGCUCUUCAGGAACAUGGACAUCGCCACGAGGAGGAAGUACGUCGCGCUGGUGGACAAGGUCAAGGAGACGGGCGGGGAGGCAAGGGUGCUGAGCAGCGACCACGAGAGCGGGGAGAGGCUGGAUAAGCUGGGCGGCAUUGCGGCGAUCCUGACAUAUCCGAUCUACGACCUUGAUGAAGAUACAGAAGAGGAGGAGGUGGGAGAUGAGGGUGGUGGUGGUGGUGGAAGCGCUGCUGCGGGGGAGACGAUGCAGCAACAACAACACCAACAACACCAACAACAUGAUGAGCCCGCCCUCCCUGGCGGGACCCUGCCCAGCCCUGCAGACGGCACUCCGGCCUCUCCCGGUUCUGCGCCCCGCACAUCGCUUUCCUUCCCUGCGCUUGGUCGGCCGUCAAAGUCACCCGCAGCCCUUGACGGACACAUAUUCGUGAGAACAAACACCGACCAUUCGAUACCACAACGACUACGGACCCAGUCGAAGGCCGAGAUUUCGAUUCCUGACAGCCUGACCCGACCUGGCUCCGGCCUUUCGACUAAGCUCUCGGCGCCAUCUGGGGAUGCCUCAAAGGAGAAAAAGAAAGGGGUCUCAUUCCUCAGCCGCCUCAGUAUGCGCGGCAGCAAGAAGAAGGACACGGGCGAUCUCGACUCCGAAUCCGAGCUUGGCGGCGAAGCGCGAACAGAUGGUGCCCAUGCCCGCCUCUUCACCCAAUCAAUUGCUGGAGGUGGCUUCAUCCCACAACACAAGGAACCGCCGCGAUACAUUCGGACGAAGGUGCAUCACAAGACGGUUCGCGAAUUCAACCGCAUGUUCCUGGCACAGCAGUUGGUCGGGACACAGCCCUUGAAGGCAGCCGACCAGACUCAGGGCGAUGCCGAGAAACAGGAGGAGAUAACCCCAGCGGAGACAUCGUCUGCACCUGCUCCUACCGGCGAGAGGGGGGCUACGAAAGCGGGCGGAGCUAUAUGGGCGGCCGAGUUCAGCAAGGACGGAAAGUACCUCGCCGCGGCUGGACGAGAUCGGGUCGUCCGGGUCUGGGCUGUCAUCUCGACCCACGAGGAGCGCCGGGCGCACGAGGAAGAAGAGGCGGCUAAUGGCGGUACCGGAGAGAGACUCAGUGCGCCCGUGUUCAGCGGGAAGCCGUUCCGCGAGUUUGAAGGGCAUACUGGGGAGAUCUUGGACCUGAGCUGGAGCAAGAACAACUUCCUCCUCUCGUCGUCGAUGGACAAGGCGGUGCGGCUAUGGCAUAUCAGCAGGGAUGUACUCGCCUUCCACCCGCGCGACGACCGCUUCUUCCUUGCAGGCUCUCUAGACACCAUGCUGCGCCUCUGGAGCAUCCCGGACAAGGCCAUUGCGUACUCUGCUCAGCUGCCGGACCUCAUCACCGCCGUGUCCUUCUCUCCCGACGGGAGGACCGCUAUUGCCGGCCUCCUCAACGGACUGUGCCUCUUCUACGACACAGAUGGCCUCAAGUUGCAAACACAAAUUCACGUGCGCUCAUCCCGGGGGAAGAAUGCCAAGGGCAGCAAGAUCACGGGCAUCCAGACAAUGGCCAUCGUACCAGGGAGCACUCCGCCACCGCGCACCUCUACAGGUCCUGGCGAGGUCAAGGUUCUCAUCACCUCGAACGAUAGCAGGAUUCGGAUUUACAACCUGCGGGACAAGACCUUGGAUGCCAAGAUAAAAGGCCACCAAAACGCUUACAGCCAGAUCGCGGCGACCUUCUCCGACGACGGAAAGUACGUCAUUUGCGGCAGUGAGGACCGCAAGGCGUUCAUCUGGAGCAUGGGCAUCGACAUGUCCGAGGCCAAGGACAAUCGGCCGUGUGAGUAUUUUGAUGGACAUGGCGAGAUCGUUACAAACGCCAUCUUCGCGCCCACCAGGAGCCGGAUGCUACUCGAUGCGAGCGGGGAUCCGAUCUACGAUCUCUGUAACCCUCCUCCGGUGACGCUGAUGAGCCUGGAGGAGGCGGCAAGUGCGAAUGCCAGCCAGACAGCGCUCAGCGCCGAGGGUGACGGUGCAAAUCCGGCGCCCGAACCAACGGCGGCGUCGAAUGGCCACGGCCAAGCCAGGAGGCCAGAGGAAUCUCCGGCAUACAUCGCCCGAUCAAGGCAUGUCGAUGGUAAUAUCAUUGUCACGACCGAUGAUACGGGCAUCAUCAAGGUCUUCCGCCAAGAUUGUGCAUUCCAAAAACGGAAACACGAGAGUUGGGAGACGGGAAGCACCUUCAGCAAGAAGAUGGCAGGCCACGGCGGCGGCUUCGUUAGCCAGGCCUUGGGACGGAGCGGGAGCAUCCUGACCAGGACAACCGCGAGCAGUGCGGCGCAUAGUAGACGGGGUAGCCUAAGCCAGCCCGCGAUGCCCGGCGGCAUGGUGUCUCCUCUGCUUGGCGGCUUCAAUACCAGCUCCGAUCGCAUAAUAUCAUGGCGGCAGGGCAUUGAAGCCGGCUCGGACAAGCGGACGAGCUCAAUCAGGAGCGGAGGGACGCCAGCGCGCAGCGAGCGGUCGCUGAGCCCAAACAAGGCGAGCAGGACGCCGAUGAGCUCGAGCGCGGCGAAUCUAGCCAGCGGAGCGAGAAAAUCGCCGUACUCGGGUUCUACCCGGCCGAACGGCCUUGCGAGUCCCAGCUCGAGUGUUUUCAGCGCGGCCACUGGCGAAAAAGGCUCACUAAGAGAGAGCACCCAACAAGAGGGGAAGUCCAAGGGCAAGGAAAAGGAAGACCCCGCAGCGCUUCCGACACCCAGCUUUACUUAUCGCCCGGCAGAAGAGGAGGAUCCGCUGAGGCUAGACCCGGCGGGAGCCAGCUACUUCUUCUGGAACCUGAACCGGUGGCGUAACAUGGGGCCCCUCAAGAGCGGCAGACCGGGCCAGGGGGAGCGGAACAUAAGCAGCAGCACCGGCGUCAGCCCGUUUUCGAACGCGGUCGCAAACACGAAGCAGCUAGAGCCCGCGAGAGGCGGGGGUAUCAGUGGUAGUGACAGGGACGCGGAGAAGCACAAGGACAAGUCGUCGCGCCGCACGUCCCUCGGCCAGGCGAUGGCCUCGAGGCGAUCGACCUCGGCGGCAUCGGAGGGCUCGGACAAGUCGGGCCGGCGGCGGACUCUCCCGCCGUCGUCGCUCAGCCGCGAGGUGGGCGACACGUCCGACGCCCCUCCACGGAGAGUGUCGAGGAUAUCGGCCGCCGGGGGGGACGGUGGCGACCGCGAGCACCUCGCGCCGGCGGCGGCGAUGGAACACGGGCGCGGGCCGCACAGCCGGGGUGGCUCGAUCAUCAGCAAGCUCAGCUCGGAGCUCAGCAGCGAGCAGGAGGGCGCCGGGUGGGCCGAGGACGAGGAGAUGCGCUGUAAGAAGUGCGGGGGCCGCGAGUUCAAGGCUAAGCAGGCGGCGGGGAGGCAGCAGCUGAGCUGCGGGAGGUGUGGGAUGCUGGUCAGGUAA